ACUUUACUUUCUCCCUUCUCCAGCCUCUAAAUGAUUAUUUACUCAAAACUUCACAAAACAAUGGCUUCAAUGCUUAGCUCUGGAACUGUUCUUAGCCCCACCCCAUUUCUCGGCCAAAUCAAAAAUGCCAACCCUCUUAGAGAUGUACUUCCUACAGGCACUGCCAAAUAUACGAUGGGAAAUGAACUGUGGUAUGGGCCAGACAGAGUGAAGUAUUUGGGACCCUUUUCUGCGCAGACUCCUUCUUAUUUGACUGGCGAGUUCCCCGGUGACUACGGUUGGGACACUGCUGGUUUGUCUGCUGAGCCUGAGGCCUUUGCCCGCAACAGGGCUCUCGAGGUAAUCCAUGGGAGAUGGGCAAUGUUAGGAGCACUAGGCUGCAUCACGCCAGAAGUCCUUGAGAAAUGGGUGAGGGUGGAUUUCAAGGAACCAGUGUGGUUCAAGGCAGGAGCUCAAAUCUUCUCGGAAGGUGGGUUGGACUACUUAGGCAACCCCAACCUGGUCCAUGCUCAAAGCAUUCUCGCGGUCCUCGGAUUCCAGGUCGUCUUGAUGGGACUCGUCGAAGGGUUUCGCAUCAACGGCCUCCCCGGUGUUGGAGAAGGCAACAAUCUCUACCCCGGUGGCAAAUACUUCGACCCUCUCGGCCUGGCCGAUGACCCCGUCACGUUCGCCGAACUUAAGGUGAAAGAAAUCAAGAAUGGAAGGUUGGCAAUGUUCUCCAUGUUUGGUUUCUUUGUUCAAGCCAUUGUUACUGGGAAAGGUCCCUUGGAGAAUCUCUUGGACCACCUGGACAACCCUGUUGCAAACAAUGCCUGGGUCUAUGCUACCAAGUUUGUGCCCGGAUCCUAAAUUAAGACAUGUGCAUGCAUGUAUGUAUGUAUCUAUGUAAUUGUAGAUUUUGAACAACUUUGACUAUUUAAACUCUGUUUCAUUGAGAAUGAAAAUGUAGUUCCUGAUUCA